UAUUCUCUUUCAAUGCACUGGUCCUUUCUGAUACAUCUCUCUUUUCCCAAUUUUUUCAGUUUACACACCCAAUACAUUUCCAAAUUUAUUACGCUUUUAGAAAUCUCUCUGAUCCUUAACCUAUUUCAAAUUAGGUUUUUCAAAAAUUUGAAUCAAACCCUUAAUGUUCGGCGGUUGGUCUUCUAUUCCAUUCACGAUGCAAAUAAUUGAAUGUUGGUUUCUCAUCUCCUAAAAUCUAAUCACUGCAUCAUCAAUGUUAGUUUGAAGACGCGAUUUUGUUUCUGAAAUCACACCAGCAAAAGAGUCAUGGAAUGUUGUUGUUCGAGUUAUUCGAUUGUGGUUUGUGCCAGACAUGAAUUCGAAACAGAAGUAUUAUGUUAUGGAGAUGGUUCUAAUGGAUGAGAAGGGUUUCAAGAUUCAACCUUUUGUUCGUAAGGCUCUGCUGUCUCGAUUUUAGAAUAAGAUUCGUGAGGGUAUUGUUUAUAAUUUACAAUAUUUUGGGGUUGCCGCUAAUACUGGAGGAUAUAUGACCACGAAACACCAAUUCAAGUUGAAUUUCCAGAGUUCUACUGUGGUUACAAAUUUUUUUGAUGAUCUUAUAACAGUAUCCCCUUACUCAUUUGUGUCCUUCCUAGAGAUCGUUGGGAAAAUUGACAUGGACUACUUGAUUGAUGUUGUGGUCAUUUUGUCUGCUGUUGGACGUGAAAGGGUCUAUGAAAGGAAUGGUGUAACUACUAAGUUUAAUGUUAUUGAGUUACAGUCUGAUGGGAUGAAGCUUGACUAUACACUGUUUGGACCAUAUGUUGAUGAACUUGAUGCAUACCUCAAAUCUGGUAACACCGACCCAGUUGUUGUUCUUGCUCAGUAUCUGAAAGUCAAAUUGUACAAUGGAAAGAUCCAGAUGCAGAAUGCAAUGAACUGUACCAAACUGUUGUUCAACCCAAAAACACCUGAGGCAGAUUCUUUGAAGCUGAACGAUAACAUUGGAUCGCCUACUCAAUCAUUUAGUUAUAUGAAGGAUGCUUCUGAGAUGAGUUUAGAAGAAGAUUUCUUAAAUCUGAGUCAACGCAAAACAAUAGAGGAACUAAAAGAUUGUCAAGAUAAUAUGGUUUGUGUUGUGUUAGGCACAAUCAAACAUGUUUCUGGUGGCAAUGAUUGGUGGUAUGCUGCAUGUGUCUGCAACAAGGGUGUUGUUGUAGACUCCAGAAGGUUGUUCUGUCCAAAGUGUGACAAGCAUAUUUGGACAAUUAUCCCAAGGUUCCGUGUCAAACUCAGGGUAAUUGAUGAAACUGAUUCUGCUACUUUCGUGCUUUUUGAUCGCAAUUGUUAUUUUCUGACCGAAAUGACAUGUUCUGAUUUGAUUGCUGAAAUGGAUCGGGAAGAGGAGCCAACAAUUGUGGCUAAAGUGAUUGGUGGUUUUGUUGAUCAAACAUUUCUGUUUAAGAUAGAUGUAAAAAAUGAUGUGAGCUCUGGAUAUGAACAGUCUUUUCGCGUGAAAAAAGUUUGUGCUGGCAAAGAUAUAAUUUCAAAGUUCAAAUCUGCUGCAAAGGUCGAUAAUACUCUAUUUCAUGUUAGUUCAUAUUUUUUGUGUAACAUGUCGCUUUCAUGUUUGUUCAUAUAUUUGAUUAAUGUUACAAUUAUUAACUGUUUUAAAAAUCGGUUGACAAUGAGGAUGAUUUGACUGCUGGUGUGGUACAAAAUGAUAUGUCUGCUGGUGAUAUUCAGGAUCUGAAUUCAGUUGUGAAGAAAAAUUCUGGUGUUGAAGAAGUUGCCAUUGGUUCUAAUGUUCAAAAUGAGUUGGUUGCUGGGGUAGCUCGGGAUUUGAGUUCAAAAUUUGAAAAUGAUGGCGCUGAGGAUAUUUGUGAUGACAAUGGUUCUGUUCCAGCACAUAAUGAAGUUGAUUCUGCAGAUUGUAAUUCUGUUAAGAGAGGAAUUGGAGAUGUUGCUGGAGUUAUCGAUGCAGGCGACCCUAGGAUUCUGAAAAACAUAAAGAUUGAGAAGGAUUAGUCUACUUGGUUCAUUCACUAUAGUUUUUGAACUGUUGUUUUUUUCUGUUUUGUUAAACUGUGAUGCACUUUGAGUUGUUUAGUUUAUCUUUGAUUUGGCUUUUUGUGGGA